CGCUGGCUCAAUCACAGGUGCAGCUUACUGAUAGGCCUACAGCCCGUCCCUCGCUGUCUGUGUGAUGGUACAGUCGCGUCUAGAGAUCGUGACGAUAGAAGCCAGCUGGGGGAGCGUGAGAGCUCGGAAACGCACCGAGCGUUAUUAUGGCAAACUGUGAGCUUGGAGACGCGCGCUGUUUCCCCCGUCUACCCAGUGUCUGGGUCGAUUCGAGUCUAAAGCAAAGUCGUCUUUUACUUUAUAUCUAAUUUUUAAGGCUAAGUACUGUGAAGGGGUCGACACAGUAGUGUAUUGGCUAUUUAUCAUCGUUUUUCGCUCUGAUAGUUCAACGAAGAUUAAAAUGGUCAUCAAGGUCUACGUUGCCUCCUCAACCGGAUCUGUAGUGGUGAAGAAGCACCAGCAGGACGUGGUCAGUUUCCUGGAAGCAAAUCGCCUGAGUUUCCAGGAAGUAGACAUCACCAUGGGGGAGGAGGAGAGGCUGUGGAUGUGCCGCAACAUCCCCCAGGACAAGCACCCAGAGGUGGGCAAGCCGCUGACGCCGCAGAUCUUCAAUGGAGAUCGCUACUGUGGGGACCAUGAAGACUUCUUCCAGUCCAAGGAGAACAACGGCGUAUUUGCCUUCCUGGGUUGCUCUAGUUCCCAAGCCUUAGAGAAAGAUUCAGAGUCCUAGAGUGCGCUCCCACGACAGCAGCGGUGCGUGCCUCUCUGCUGUCGGUGAAGAAGAGGAGGUAGCCGAGGGUUUGCCACCGCUCCCUGUCCCACAUCACUUCCUCCUCCCAGAUCUACUCUACUGCGAGGGCCAAUCGUUUUGUGAGAACAUCGGCUGUUGGCCAAGUGAUACACACACACAUUUGCCCGGACAGACAGCCCCCCCCUUGCCCUACUAGAAGUUUGUUUGUGGGUGCUCAGAAACCCUUCCAGGAACCGCUGUCCCACCACUGCAAGGAGGAACUAUUGUACAUGUGGACAACCGUUUUGCACUCACGUUUUGUUGUUUUGCUUAACAACACCAACUGGCAUGCAACAUUGGUGUGUA